AUGGGUCUGGUCGACUACUCCGACUCUGACGGCGACGACGAGGCUGAGCCCGCCCGAAAGAAAAGAAAACCCGCGACAGUGAAGGAUCAACUGCCACCGCUCCCGGCAGCGUUCCGUGACCUGUACUCAUCAACUGUACGCACAAGCACCCACGACGACCCUUCUCUUCACGAGGGUCGGAAACGAGUCACGCCACACAUUGCUGGCAACUGGCCCACCCACGUGUAUCUAGACUGGACCCCCCAACCACAUGACUAUAGAUCGCUGCAGGACCUCAUCACUCACGCGCAGAAGACGACGAAUUGCAAGGAUGAUAUUCACAGUUUGCUAGAGAACGACUUGGGCGUGCGGCAGCCGCUUCACGUAUCCUUGUCCAGGCCAUUGGCAUUGAAGACGGAACACAAAGACACAUUUUUCGAUCGCCUGAAAACUUCCAUCUCCCUUGCUGGAGUCUCGGCCUUCAGCGUGCGCCCACUCGACCUCGUCUGGCACCCCAACGAAGAUCAAACGCGCUGGUUCUUAGUCCUCCGUCUGCGAAGACCUUCUUGCGACGAACUUCGAAUCCUGCUCGAGCGCAGUAAUGACUUGGCACGUCAGUACAAUCAGCCGCUGCUUUAUGGACACCGGACCUUUUCUAGUUCCCAUGUGCCCGAAGCCUGGGAGCACGACAACUUCCACAUCAGUAUUGCGUGGUCGAUCCAGCCUCACCAAAAGUCCGCAAGCGCUGGACCAGUUGAGGUCGUCAUUUCCGAUCAGCUUCUUCAGAAGCUGAAGGCCUCGGACCUCACAUUCCGUGAAGUGAAAGUGCGCAUAGGGCAGGAUGUGCACUCGAUUCCGUUGCGGCAGGCUCGCAAGCGGUGA